CCACACUGAGAGUCAAUUCACUUUUUUGUUGUCGGUUUACGAAAAGUGGAUAAAUGUGUGCAUUUUAAUAGUUUGCCGCGAUCUGUACCAGUUUUUCCGAAAGGCAGUAGACGCGAGGACGCACAUACAUAUUAAAAAUUGUAGUGCGUCGCCUCGUUUUUCGCCUGCAACAACAAACUUGGCUGCGCUUUGAUUGUCGGCGGCAGCAAAAAAUAACUGCAAAACCUCUGCAACUUUUUAAUCAGAUCCAGCAAAAGCACAGCGGCAUCAUGGAGAACGGCAGCAAGGCAUCGGCCAUGUCCAUCGAGCAGAUGUACCAGAAGAAGUCGCAGCUGGAGCACAUCCUGCUGCGCCCGGAUUCGUACAUUGGGUCCGUGGAGUUCACCAAGGAGCUGAUGUGGGUGUACGACGCCACGCAAAACCGGAUGGUGCAGAAGGAGAUCUCAUUCGUGCCCGGCCUGUACAAGAUCUUCGAUGAGAUCCUUGUGAAUGCGGCGGACAACAAGCAGCGCGACAAGAGCAUGAACACCAUCAAGGUGGACAUUGAUCCUGAGCGAAAUGUGGUGUCCGUGUGGAACAACGGUCAGGGUAUUCCCGUCACCAUGCACAAGGAGCAAAAGAUGUACGUGCCCACGAUGAUCUUCGGCCACCUGCUGACCUCCUCGAACUACAACGAUGACGAGAAGAAGGUCACUGGCGGCAGGAACGGCUACGGAGCGAAACUCUGCAACAUCUUCUCCACCAGCUUCACCGUGGAGACCGCCACGAAGGAGUACAAGAGGAGCUUCAAGCAGACCUGGGGCGACAACAUGCAAAAGGCAUCGGAUGCGAAGAUCAAGGACUUUAUGGGCACAGAUUUUACCCGCAUCACCUUCAGUCCCGAUUUGGCCAAGUUUAAGAUGGAACGCCUCGAUGAAGACAUUGUGGCGUUGAUGUCGCGACGCGCCUACGACGUGGCUGCUUCAUCCAAGGGCGUGUCCGUCUUUCUCAACGGCACCAAGCUGACGGUGAGGAACUUCAAGGACUACAUUGAUCUGCACGUCAAGAGCACGGACGAGGACUGUGGUCCACCCAUUAAGAUCGUGCACGAGGUAGCCAACGAGCGGUGGGAGGUGGCCUGCUGUCCUUCGGACCGCGGCUUCCAGCAGGUCUCGUUCGUCAACUCGAUAUGCACCUACAAAGGCGGUCGGCAUGUGGACCAUGUGGUGGACAGUAUUAUUAAGCAGCUGAUCGAUGUGCUGAAGAAAAAGAACAAAGGCGGCAUCAACAUCAAGCCCUUCCAGGUGCGAAAUCAUCUGUGGGUUUUCGUCAACUGUCUGAUUGAAAAUCCAACGUUCGACUCGCAGACCAAGGAAAACAUGACGUUGCCAAAAGGGUUUGGCUCCAAGUGCACUCUUUCCGAGAAGUUCAUCACGAACGUGUCCAAAUCGGGCAUCGUGGAGUCUGUGCUAGCGUGGGCCAAAUUCAAGGCCCAAAACGAUAUUGCCAAGACGGGCGGUCGCAAGUCGAGCAAAAUUAAGGGCAUUCCCAAGCUGGAGGACGCUAACGAGGCCGGUGGCAAAAACUCGAUCAACUGCACCCUCAUCCUCACUGAGGGAGAUUCAGCCAAGUCUUUGGCGGUCUCUGGUCUGGGCGUCAUCGGUCGCAACUUCUAUGGAGUGUUCCCGCUCAGGGGUAAACUUCUCAAUGUGCGCGAGGCUAAUUUUAAGCAACUUUCGGAGAAUGCCGAGAUCAACAACUUGUGCAAGAUCAUUGGGUUGCAGUACAAGAAGAAGUAUCUCAACGAAGAUGAUCUGAAGACACUGCGCUACGGCAGACUGAUGAUCAUGACAGAUCAGGAUCAGGACGGUUCCCACAUCAAGGGUCUGCUGAUCAACUUUAUUCACACCAAUUGGCCAGAACUGCUGCGAUUGCCCUUCCUGGAGGAGUUCAUCACGCCGAUUGUGAAAGCAUCCAAAAAGAACGAGGAGCUCUCGUUCUACUCACUGCCCGAGUUCGAGGAGUGGAAGAACGAUACGGCCAACCACCACACCUACAAUAUAAAGUACUACAAGGGUUUGGGUACUUCGACCUCCAAGGAGGCGAAGGAGUACUUCCAGGACAUGGAGCGCCAUCGCAUCCUCUUCAAGUACGACGGCUCGGUGGACGAUGAGAGCAUCGUGAUGGCAUUCUCAAGGAAGCACAUCGAGUCUAGGAAGGUCUGGCUCACCAACCACAUGGACGAGGUGAAGCGGCGCAAGGAGCUGGGUCUGCCCGAGCGCUAUCUCUACGCCAAGGGAACGAAGUACAUUUCGUAUGCAGACUUCAUCAACCUGGAGUUGAUUCUGUUCUCCAAUGCGGACAACGAGCGCUCUAUUCCCAGUCUGGUCGAUGGGCUGAAGCCGGGCCAGCGUAAGGUGAUGUUCACCUGCUUCAAGAGGAACGACAAGCGUGAGGUGAAGGUCGCCCAGCUAUCCGGUUCGGUGGCAGAGAUGUCGGCCUACCACCACGGCGAGGUCUCGUUGCAGAUGACCAUCGUGAAUUUGGCCCAGAACUUUGUGGGCGCAAACAACAUCAAUCUGCUGGAGCCACGCGGUCAGUUCGGUACUCGCUUGACGGGCGGCAAGGAUUGCGCCAGCGCUCGUUACAUUUUCACGUUGAUGUCUCCUCUGACGCGACUGAUCUACCAUCCCUUGGACGAUCCGCUGCUGGAGUACCAGGUGGACGAUGGCCAGAAAAUCGAGCCCUUGUGGUACUUGCCCAUCAUACCGAUGGUCCUAAUCAACGGCGCCGAGGGUAUCGGAACUGGGUGGUCCACCAAGAUAGCGAAUCACAACCCCCGCGAGGUAAUGCGCAACUUGAGAGCCAUGAUCAACGGAGAAGAGCCGAAGGUGAUGCAUCCUUGGUACAAGAACUUUAAAGGUUGCAUGGAGUAUGUAUCGGAUGGUCGGUAUGUUCAGACGGGAAACAUCCAAAUCCUGCCAGGCAACCGGGUGGAAAUCACCGAACUUCCUGUGGGUGUUUGGACGCAGAACUAUAAGGAAAACGUGCUGGAGGCUCUAUCAAACGGCACCGAUAAGGUGAAGGCCAUUGUGUCCGACUACAGGGAGUAUCAUACGGACACCACCGUUCGCUUUGUUGUUUCCUUCGCAAGUGGCGAGUUUGAACGCAUUCAAGCCGAGGAUGGUGGCUUCUAUCGGGUGUUUAAACUUACCACGACGCUGUCCACCAACCAGAUGCACGCUUUUGACCAAAACAAUUGCCUACGACGCUUCCCCACCUCUAUCGAUAUCCUCAAAGAGUUUUACAAGCUGCGGCUAGAGUACUACGCGCGCAGAAAGGACUUUUUGGUGGGCCAACUGACAGCGCAGUCCGAUCGGCUAAGCGACCAGGCGCGUUUUAUCCUCGAGAAGUGCGAGAAGACGCUGGUCGUGGAGAACAAGCAGCGCAAGGCCAUGUGCGAUGAGCUGCUAAAGCGUGGCUACCGUCCCGAUCCCGUCAAGGAGUGGCAGCGCCGCAUCAAGAUGGAGGAUGCUGAGGCACCAGACGACGACGACGAGGAGGAGGGGGCGGCUCCCAGCAGCAGUGCAAAGGUUAAAAAGGAGAAGGAUGUUGAUCCUGAGAAGGCUUUCAAGAAGCUAACGGAUGUCAAGAAGUUCGACUACCUUCUCGGCAUGUCCAUGUGGAUGUUGACCGAAGAGAGGAAGAACGAGCUGCUCAAGCAGCGCGAUGCCAAGCUCGCCGAACUGGCGGAUCUCCUCAAAAAGACUCCGGAGCUGCUCUGGUUGGACGAUUUGGAUGUACUGGAGGCGAAGCUGGAUGAGGUGGAGGAGAAGGAACGCCUCGAGGAGCAGGGCAUCAAUCUGAAGACAUCCAAAUCGCUGAAGAGCCAGAAGGCUGUCCCAUCGAAGGGCAGGAAGGCCAAGGUAGCGGCACAGGGCACUAGCGACAUCUAUCCGGAUCCCGAAGGAGAGCAUAUCGAGUUCAAGGUCACCGACGAGAUACUUAAGAAGAUGGCCCAGUCCAUCAAAUUGGCUCAGGCUGCCAAGUUGCCAAAGGGUGAAAAGGUGAAGAAGGAGCCAAAGGCCAAGCAGGUGAAAGCCGAUCCCGAUGCUGGCGAGGAGGAGGUGGACGAGUUUGAUGCCAUGAUCGAGGGCGGCAAAAAGACCGCGCCCAAGGCCAAGAAGGUAGCUGUCAAGAAGGAGCCGGCCGAGAAAAAGCCGCGACAAAAGAAGGAGAAUGGAGGUGGGCUCAAGCAAGCUAAGCUUGAUUUCAGUAAGGCCAAGUCCAAAAAAUCCAACGACGAGAGCGACGAUGAUGUGGAAGAGGUUGAGGUUGAUGUUGCUCCUCGUGCUGAACGUCCUGGACGACGGGCGGCCAGCAAGAAGAUCGACUAUAGUUUGCUGCUUUCCGAUGACGAGGAAGGCGGUGGCAAUGUGGGAUCCGGUGAUGAUUCCAGUCCCGAAGAUGAUGGCGAUGAUUCCCCCAUCAAGCGUCCAGUCAAACGUGGCCGAGAUGAGGAGAGCAGCGGAGGAGCGAAAAAGAAAGCGCCGCCAAAGAGGAAGCGCGUGAUCAUCGAAAGCGAUGAUGAUGUCGAUCUUGAUCUUGAUGAUGAUGAUGAUGAUUCCGAUUUCCAGGGAUGAGAAACUGGGUUGGCUUAAAACAUAUUGGCCUAAUAUUGGCAUGAGUAUUUUACAAGCAAAUCAACGUCUGGGAAUCAGCAUUAUCGGAAUCCGGAACCUCGGGGAAGUACUUUCAUCGCUACGAUAGUUUAUAAUUUCAUAAGCAUCCUCGAAGUUUCAAUGUUUUAUUUUCCGUGUUUUAAUUUAACUUAAGCAGAUAACUUCGCGACAUUCGUUCACUGUAGCUGAUUCUGUGUGUUCAGAACAGCAAGUUAAGUCACCAACAGCAAGUCACCAACAAAAUAUCGGUGUAUUAUCGUGUUUCAUAAACGUAGUUUGUAGUCUCAACAGUUCUUCAUGUAAAUAAAUCAAUUUUACCCUAUGAA